UGGAAAUCUAAAUUGUGCGGAGCGUGAAUUGGCUCUUUGACGGGAAGAUUGUUUUUUACCGGUCAUUAUAACCAACGAGCAAUUUCAUUUGUUCUUAUAUCAACACAUUAUUGGAACUUAAGUCUGAUAGAAUAUGGAUCGUCUUUUACGGCUCGGUGGCCCAAUGUCUGGCCUAGGACAAUCUGCUCCGCCAACUGAUGCACCGGUGGUUGAUACAGCCGAGCAGGUUUAUAUUUCUUCCCUGGCUUUGCUGAAAAUGCUUAAACAUGGCCGAGCUGGUGUCCCUAUGGAAGUUAUGGGCCUUAUGCUUGGAGAAUUUGUUGACGAUUAUACAGUCAGGGUGAUUGAUGUUUUCGCCAUGCCCCAAUCAGGAACGGGUGUUAGUGUGGAAGCUGUAGAUCCAGUCUUUCAGGCUAAAAUGUUGGAUAUGCUCAGGCAAACUGGUCGACCUGAAAUGGUAGUUGGAUGGUACCAUUCCCAUCCUGGAUUUGGUUGUUGGUUAUCUGGAGUAGAUAUCAACACACAACAGAGCUUUGAGGCCUUGUCUGAGCGAGCAGUGGCUGUUGUUGUUGAUCCAAUUCAGAGUGUAAAAGGCAAGGUUGUGAUUGAUGCAUUCAGGCUGAUCAAUCCCAACAUGAUGGUACUAGGUCAAGAACCUCGUCAAACAACAUCAAAUCUUGGACAUUUACAGAAACCAUCAAUUCAAGCCUUGAUUCACGGACUAAACCGUCACUACUAUUCGAUCAGCAUUAACUACAGAAAGAAUGAACUUGAACAAAAAAUGUUGUGGAAUUUGCACAAAAAAUCCUGGACUGAGGGAUUGUCGCUAGCCGAGUACGAACAGCACUGCAAAAUGAACGAACAGAGUGUCCGCAGCAUGCUCGAGCUAGCGAAAACCUAUAAUAAAGCGUUGGAAGAAGAAGAAAAGAUGACACCUGAGCAACUUGCAGUCAAGAACGUUGGCCGUCAAGACCCGAAGCGCCAUCUAGAAGAGGAAGUUGAUGUGUUAAUGACAUCUAAUAUUGUCCAGUGUUUGGGAGCUAUGUUGUCUACGGUGGCCUUCCGAUAAUCACUGAUACACUCUUCUCAUACACACACGGAUCCAAUGAAUACAAAAUUCUCAAAAAUU